AUGGUCCUCUGUGGUCCUCUGUGGUCCUCUGUGGUCCUCUGUGGUCCUCUGUGGUCCUCAUCCUGUGGUCCUCAUCCUGUGGUCCUCUCUGUUCCUCUGUGGUCCUCUGUGGUCCUCUCUGUUCCUCUGUGGUCCUCAUCCUGUGGUUCUCUGUGGUCCUCAUCCCUCUGGUCCUCUCUGUUCCUCUGUGGUCCUUAUCCUGUGGUCCUCUAUGGUCCUCUGUGGUCCUCUAUGGUCCUCUGUGGUCCUCUGUGGUCCUCUGUGGUCCUCAUCCUGUGGUCCUCUGUGGUCACAUCCCUCUGGUCCUCUGUGGUCCUCAUCCCUCUGGUCCUCUCUGUUCCUCUGUGGUCCUCAUCCUGUGGUCCUCUGUGGUCCUCAUCCCUCUGGUCCUCUAUGGUCCUCUGUGGUCCUCUGUGGUCCUCUGUGGUCCUCAUCCUGUGGUCCUCUGUGGUCCUCAUCCUGUGGUCCUCUGUGGUCCUCUGUGGUGGGAUCUUCGAGGCCACGGAGAGCGGUCCGUCGGGGGCGGAGGAGCUGGCCUUUAAGUUUGCCCUGAACACCAUUAACCGUAACCGCACGCUGCUGCCCAACACCACGCUGACCUACGACAUCCAGAGGAUCAACGUCUUCGACAGCUUCGAGGCGUCCAGGAAAGCCUGUGACCAGCUGUCUCUGGGCGUGGCGUCCAUCUUUGGCCCCUCCCACAGCGCCUCGGCGAACGCGGUGCAGUCGAUCUGUAACGCUCUGGGCGUCCCUCACGUCCAGACGCGCUGGAAGCACCAGGUCUCAGACAACCGCGACUCCUUCCACAUCAGCCUGUUCCCCGACUUCUCCUCGCUCUCCCGCGCCAUCCUCGACCUAGUGCACUCCUUCCACUGGAGGACCGUGACCGUGGUCUACGACGACAGCACAGGGACAGGUACGGGAGCACAGGGACGACAGCACAGGGACAGACAGCACAGGGACAGGUACGGGAGCACAGGGACAGGUACGGGAGCACAGGGACAGGUACGGGAGCACAGGGACAGGUACGGGAGCACAGGGACAGGUACGGGGGCACAGGCACCGGUACGGGAGCACAGGGACCGGUACGGGAGCACAGGGACCGGUACGACAGCACAGGGACAGGUACGGGAGCACAGGGACAGGUACGGGAGCACAGGGACAGGUACGGGAGCACAGGGACCGGUACGACAGCACAGGGACAGGUACGGGAGCACAGAGACAGGUAAGAGAGCACAGGGACCGGUACGAGAGCACAGGGACAGGUACGGGAGCACAGGGACCGGUACGGGAGCACAGGGACGACAGCACAGGGACAACACCAGCGACGACAUACCAGGGACCGUCCUCUUCCACUGGAGGACGGUGACUGUGGUGUAUAAAGACAGCACAGGGACAGGUACGGGAGCACAGGGACAGGUACGGGAGCACAGGGACAGGUACGGGAGCACAGGGACAGGUACGGGAGCACAGGGACAGGUACGGGAGCGCAGGGACCGGUACGGGAGCACAGGGACAGGUAUGAGAGCACAGGGACAGGUACGGGAGUACAGGGACCGGUACGACAGCAGAGGGACAACAGCACAGGGACAGGUACGAGAGCACAGGGACCGGUACGGGAGCACAGGGACCGGUACGAGAGCACAGGGACAGGUACGGGAGCACAGGGACGACAGCACAGGGACAGGUACGAGAGCACAGGGACAGGUACGAGAGCACAGGGACAGGUACGAGAGCACAGGGACAGGUACGAGAGCACAGGGACAAGUACGAGAGGACAGGGACCGGUACGGGAGCACAGGGACCGGUACGAGAGCACAGGGACAGCACAGGGACAGGUACGAGAGCACAGGGACAGGUACGAGAGCACAGGGACAGGUACGAGAGCACAGGGACCGGUAUGAGAGCACAGGGACCGGUACGGGAGCACAGGGACAGGUACGGGAGCACAGGGACAGGUACGAGAGCACAGGGACAGGUACGAGAGCACAGGGACAAGUACGAGAGCACAGGGACCGGUACGAGAGCACAGGGUCAGGUACAAGAGCACAGGGACAGGUACGAGAGCACAGGGACAGGUACAAGAGCACAGGGACAGGUACGAGAGCACAGGGACAACACCAGCAACGACAUACCAGGGAGCAGACACAAGAGAUGACCGUCCUCUUCCACUGGAGGACGGUGACUGUGGUGUAUGAAGACAGCACAGGGACAGGUACGGGAGCACAGGGACAGGUACGGGAGCACAGGGACAGGUACGAGAGCACAGGGACACGGUACGAGAGCACAGGGACAGGUACGAGAGCACAGGGACAGGACCCCGUGGACCACGAGGACCCCGAGGACCACGAGGACCCCGAGGACCCCGAGAACCACGAGGACCCCGAGGACCACGAGGACCCCGAGGACCCCGAGAACCACGAGGACCCCGAGGACCACGAGGACCCCGAGGACCACGAGGACCCUGAGGACCACGAGGACCACGAGGACCCCGAGGACCACGAGGACCCCGAGGACCACGAGGACCACGAGGACCACGAGGACCACGAGGACCCCGAGGACCAUGGAGAGCUCUGUGAAGCCUGA